ACUACGCGAAGUCGGUCGGUGUGGGACCACCGCAUUCUGCUGCGGGGAAGCGGACUUGCGUGUUUUGUUUGCGCCGGCGUGGCCGGCUGCUCCCGUCGUCGGCUUGGCUGCUCAGCUGUGUGUGACAGUGCGAACAGCGGCGCGCACCUGGGGUGACUCUGCGUGAGUGACAAGGCGCUGUCACCCAUCACUUCAGCCUCCCUCGAUCCACCGGUUUCAGUAGCGGUGAGCUAAAGGGUUAAGUGAGGCGCCAGAGCGAUGCUCUUGCCCGUGAUGCGGGGACGAAACUGACGUGCCGGCGAUAUACGCGCUUCUCUCGCCCGGCUGCAUCAGUGUUCGGCGGCGUCUGCUUUUCUGGAGCAAGCGCGAUAGGCGGCCUCAGAGUUGCGGGAGCAAGAAAAGAAAACGAGGGGAGCCUAGCAGACGGCAUUGCUUUUAGUUUCGACUUUUCUGAAGAGCUUGCCUGGCUGCCGAGUUGUGAGCAAUAUAUUUCGCUUGUGCCGCUCCACUUUCCGAUUCGUGGCAGUAGCAGGAAGAGACACACACCCGUUCUUUUUUUCUUUUUUUUUUUUUCACUUCACGCGCUCUGCAUUUUUUUAGUACCGCCACGUGAGUAAAGUGAUCUUCUAGGGGCUUGCCGCCAAGAGCGUAGGAAAGCCCAGCACAAAGCAGAAGUCGUCGUCGUUCCGCUUCCGCUUUCCCAGCUGGAAGCUGCCGGACUCUCAGAGGUGUCGUCUCCGCGUCAAGCAGACGACAAGCCGUUGUUUUGCGCUUGACGCGGCAUCGCCGCUGUGUCCGCUCACGACGAUGGUGGCCGCUUUCCGCCGCCGGCGCGGCAUGCUGCGCCUAUAAUCCCGCCGCGGCGCUUUCCUGGACGAUGGUAGCUCCCUCCGCGAUCUCGUAAUUUACAGGCGCGUGCUGAAAAGGAGGAAAUAAGCGAGACAGUGUCGCGAUGCUGCUGUGGCGACAACGCACCCUGUGGACGUGGAUCGCGGUGCUUGCCGCGCUUUCGUGGACAUGCGGCGCCGACGAGGCGCGGGCGCCCGUGGUGGACAGUGCGUCGCGUGGACACCACGAGGCCGUGCCGCCGGACCCCGACGACCACACGGCGAGCACGGACGACGUGAUCGUGUCGCCCAUCCACCACCACGGACUCGGCGGCGGACACGCGAUCUCCGCCGGACACCACGGCAACGGUGAGCGUGACGGGCCGCCCAAGCGCUUCCAGGUUGCCAAGGUGGACUUUCACCACGUCGCCACACCGUUCAUUAUAUCGGUGUGGAUAAUCAUCGCUGGAUUCGCCAAAAUAGGUUUCCACGUGACGCCCAAGUUGCACUUGAUCUGCCCCGAGAGCUGCAUUCUGAUCGUGAUCGGUGUGGUGAUCGGGUUGCUGCUCUUCUACACGGGCCUGACGUCAGUGGGGCCGCUGACGCCGGACGUGUUCUUCCUCUUCAUGUUGCCGCCAAUCGUGCUGGACGCCGGCUACUACAUGCCCAACCGGUCUUUCUUCGACAACCUGGGUUCGAUCAUGACGUACGCCGUGCUGGGCACUGUGUGGAAUGCUCUUACUAUCGGCCUCUGCCUGUGGGCAGUGGGCCUGAGCGGCCUGUACGGCACGUCCGUGCCCCUCCUGGACGCGUUGCUCUUCAGCUCCAUCAUCUCCGCCGUUGACCCAGUGGCCGUGCUGGCUGUCUUCGAGGAGAUUCACGUCAACGACGUCCUCUACAUCCUCGUCUUCGGCGAGAGCCUGCUCAACGACGCCGUCACAGUGGUGCUGUACCGCAUGUUCGAGGGCUACACGGACAUGGGCACGGAAAACAUAAUACCGACGGACUACGUGUACGGCGUGGCAUCCUUCUUCGUGGUGGCGCUGGGCGGCACGGCCGUCGGCAUCCUCUGGGGACUGGUGGCUGCCUUUGUGUCGCGCUUCACGCACCACGUGCGCGCCAUCGAGCCCCUGUUCGUCUUCAUUCUGGGCUACCUGUCCUACCUCAGCGCCGAGCUGUUCCACCUGUCCGGAAUCCUCGCGUUGACCUUCUGUGGCCUGACAAUGAAAAACUAUGUUGAAGAGAACAUCUCUCAGAAGUCUCACACCACGCUCAAAUAUGGCAUGAAGAUGUUAGCCAACUGCUCGGAGACGAUCAUAUUUAUGUUCCUUGGUGUAUCGACGGUGAAUGACAUCCACGAAUGGAACACCUGGUUCGUCAUCCUCACCAUUGUCUUCAUCACCGUCUUUCGUUCUGUCGGCGUGGUUCUGCUCACGUGGCCCAUCAACCGGUUCCGCGUACACACUCUCAACAAGGUGGAUCAGUUCAUCAUGGCGUACGGGGGCCUUCGAGGAGCCGUGGCCUUUGCCCUGGUGCUGGUUGUCAACGAGGACGUCAUACCGACAAAGAAGAUGCUCGUGACAACUACCAUCGCUGUCAUUUACUUCACCGUGUUCGUCCAGGGCAUGACCAUUGGACCUCUAGUACGCCUGCUCAAUGUGCCACGGAGUGUCAAGAGCCAAAUGUCUAUGAACGAAAGGCUACACACCAGGUUGAUGGACCACUUAAUGGCUGGCCUGGAAGACGUGACGGGGCAGUUCAUGGGCAACUACAAAAUACGAGAUAAGUUCAAGUACUACAACAAUCGCUUUCUGAGGCCGAUGCUGCUCAAGGACCACAGCAUCCGCGAGCCCAAGAUCAUCGAGACAUACUCCAAGCUGAACCUUGCCGACGCAAUGAACUUGCUGAAGAACAACAACAGCCUGGUUCCUGUAAUGAACGGCGAAAAUGGCGUGUCUUUAGCUUCGCUCUUCCGAAGCUACACACAGACCAACCUGAGCAAAGGCGCCGCGUCGGCCAGCGGCGACACGCUGCGCGAGCUCGACCUCCCAGUGGACCGGUCGGCCACCGUGCUCAACUUCGACAUGAACGAGCUGCAGUAUUCGCCCAGCAGCAAGGACUACGCAGACGCCCAGCUGCACCACAUAUUGUCAGACUCCAUGUUCAAACCAUCGAGGAAGGUCAAGCGGCUGUACAAGGACCGUGUGGACGGGUACGAGGACCACCCGCCCUUCCACCAUCACAUGCGCAUGCAAAUCCGCACCUUCUUGGGAGAGGAGAGGCGACGCAUGCGCAAGGCGCGCAACGGCCGCCUGCCACGCCACGAUGGUAACGACGGGGCCCCACUCACCUGCCGACACGUGCACGAACCGCGCAAGAUUCCCAAUGGAGAUAAACCACAGCUACGCUUCAGUCUUCCGAUGAACGGCGACUGUUCGCACAACAUCGACUGCCUAAAGGUUACAGCGCCAAGCAAUUCGACGUCGAAGUCCGAGGUCAACUCGGCCUCGCAGCAUAGCGGGGAGGAUGAAGGCAUCGUCUUUGUGGCUCGUCCGACAGGCGAAACGCCGCCUAAAGGCUCCCCACGCUCGUAUUCGCCCCCGCCCGAAGCGGAGGCUCUGACGGAGACCGAGACCACGCUCCCCUGGAAGCGCGACGACGUGCCUGACGCGGCGGGAGUGCGCGCCCGCUGCGGCAGCGGCGACGGCGGCGUCCGCCAGCGGGAGUUCCCGUCAUGGAUCGACAAUCGCGAGUACAUCGCCUACCAGUCGCCCACGUCCACAAUUAUCGGUCGGUUGGAUCGCCACAAGCGCUCAACUCCGGAUGUCUUCGAGGUGUUCCAACUCAAGUCAUCGGGCGCGCCGGCCGCCCCGAUGGAAGAGGUGACCGAGGAGGACCAAGACGGCGGCUCUACGGAAGUCGCCGGCGCCCUGUCGGAGUUCAGUGGCGAGCUUGCGCAGGCGCCACCGCAGGUAGAAGGCACAGGAGAAGGCCCGCCGUCUACAGCGUCGACAGAACCGCUAACGCCGACUUCUCGUUGGGAAGAGACGGUCAUUGACUUAGAGAGCGACGAUUCCGAGAGCUGUGGCUCGAGGCAUGUGCGGCUGUGAUGUGGACGGCGUUGUUGAUGUUCCUGUGACCCGUGGCCACCACAGGCAGCCCUGGUGGACAAGAGGUCUUGUUGUAGUGGCCCAAGGGCGAGAAACAGCAAGUGACGACAGUGCUUCUCUCUGUGCUUGACAAGCUGUGCUCGACUAUAUCGUACAGUGAGCAUUCGACAUACCCAGCCGUUGACAAGCUACGAUGUUUAUGAUGCUGUUGUCACUUCACUCGUGUGAAGGAUCGGCACAGCGAACUCAUAUACGCGCAAUUCGUGCGCGUCGUCUGUUGCUGUUUUAGCCGUGGUCCAGAUGCGGAAUUUAUUCUAGCUGUAUUGGAUAAUAGGCUUUCUUAUUUUUUUUUUUAUUUUUUUUUUUUUGCGCGGAUCACGUAGUUCAAGUAUCCUCACGCAAAAACUCCCGAAAGGCGUUUUCGUUUUCCGUCCCCAUGACUCAAAAUAGCGGCUUGCGAAUUGUCAACUGUGACGGAAAAUGACACUUUUUAUUAAUUUUAUAUACUAUGUUAUAUCGCUGGAAGCGGUUUUUCUUUUUCGCGCAUGGCACCACGCCAUAUAUAAGGACAGCUGGUGUUGCCAGCGAACGAGGACGUGCGAGAUCUCUGAUACAGGUGCAUUUAUGAAGAGUUGUGCUCUUUCCUUGAGCUUUGUACAUACGAGCACAAAUUCGUCCUUACAGCAGCUGGCAAGCCGUGCCGCACAGUAAUGACCAAUAUCCGUAAGAAGGCUUCGGUGGCCAGAAACUCCGCAAUGCAGGUUUUCUCAGUGCUAUAUAGUUCGCCGGUUUGAUGCCUUGGGUAAAGCACUUUGACAGAAAGCUUGUUUAAUAGGAAGCCUUGACACUCAGGAAGAACGAUGCUGACGCAGCAAUCAGACUGCAAACGGAGAUGCUUCCUUAUAGAUUUUCCGGAGCAUGGUUUGAUGGAUCACUUUUAAGCAGCGGUAACAUCAGCGCAUUCUCUGGUAACAACGAUAGGUUGCCAUGCGCUUCCCAGGAUGUUUCAGACUAGUAAAACAACGGAACAUGCCACGUUUAAUGCCUAUUUCAUUCCCAAACACGUCCCAGCUUGUAAAUGCUUAUGCUGUGGCUUACCGCGGGAGCGAUGCAGGGUUGAUGCCACUUGCUCUACGUUACCAAUAUAUUGAUAUAUGUCCAUACGGCAAGAAAGUUGUUUGCUAGGAUAGAGCACACAGCGCGGUCCAAAAACUUCUUACGGUCGUUACUUAACGGUCUAAGGCCUAAUGUUCUUAAUGGUCUAAUGCUGUUGUGGCAAUCCGACACCAUUUCAGGAAAUAAAUCGAACUUAUGUAGUAUGACUACCUUAGUAGCAGUAGCGCGUAUAUUGUCAGACCCAAAGCUAUCGCGAUGGCAUGCUGUCAUAGUUUGUUCUUCAUAUUACCACACCAUUGUAUGGCUGACAAUGUUCCCAGGUAACGGUAGAUUACAAGUCCUAAGGAACAUAGAAUUCUAGUGUAAUCCUCCAGUAACAUUUAGAUAGUGCGUCACAGAAACGCGAGAACGAAUCUGUUUCUCUGUUCUCUUGGUAUUUAGAUAUAGUGACUUACGUCAUAUAUAUAUAUA